GUUAACAAAUGCUCAACCGGGGAACUUUUCAAGUUUUUCGGGGUAUUUCUGGGCCGCCAAAGAAGUCGGUAGAUCUUCCGAAAUAUGACCUCGUAAUCGUUGGUGGAGGAAUUGUCGGUUGCGCAACAGCCCGGCAACUGCUAAUCGAGAAGCCCCAGCUGAAAGUUGCACUAAUCGAAAAGGAAAAAGAGCUGGCUGUACACCAAAGUGGCCAUAAUUCCGGUGUUAUUCAUGCCGGAAUUUAUUACACUCCGGGCAGUUUGAAGGCGAAAUUGUGUGUGGAAGGGCUCGAUUUGUCGUAUGAAUUUUUCGAUAAGGAGAAGGUUCCUUAUAAGAAAACUGGAAAGCUUAUCGUCGCUGUGGAGCCGGAAGAAGUUCCGAGAUUAGAUGCUCUCUUCUCUCGCGCCCAAACCAACGGCUGUCGUGACAUCGAAAUGAUCGAUUCCAGCAAAAUCACAGAGCUCGAGCCCCACUGCCGUGGGCUCAAAGCUCUCUGGAGCCCUCAUACCGGAAUUGUUGACUGGGGUUAUGUGACAAAACGAUUCGGAGAGGAUUUCGAGAAGCGUGGCGGGAAGAUCUACACGAGUUAUCCGCUGGAAAAAAUUUCCGAUAACCACGACCCGGGCUAUCCGAUCCGGGUGUCCAGCGGCCCGGCGCUGGCCGAAUUUGAGACGAAAAAUUUGAUAACCUGUGCUGGUCUGCAGUCUGAUCGAGUCGCCGCGUUGUCCGGAUGCUCGACGGAUCCGAAAAUUGUGCCGUUCCGUGGCGAAUAUCUGCUAUUGAAGCCUGAAAAGCGGCAUCUAGUGAAAACGAACAUCUAUCCGGUACCGGAUCCGAGAUUCCCGUUCUUGGGGGUUCAUUUCACUCCGCGAAUGAACGGGGAUAUAUGGCUUGGGCCUAAUGCGGUGUUGGCCUAUAAACGAGAGGGCUACUCGUAUUUUAGCAUUUCUCCGAGCGAUUUAUUGGAAUCUUUGAGUUACAGCGGAAUGCAAAAACUGGUCAAAAAGCACUUCACAUUCGGCAUCAAGGAGCUCUACCGGGGAGUCUGGAUUGCCGCACAAGUCAAGCAGCUUCAAAGAUUUAUUCCAGAGCUGAAGCUCAGCGAUGUCACCAGAGGCCCCGCCGGAGUCCGCGCACAGGCAAUGGAUAGCGCUGGAAAUCUCGUUGACGAUUUUGUGUUUGACAGUGGAACCGGAAAACUGUCUCCCCUGCUGAUGCACGUCAGAAAUGCUCCAUCGCCAGCCGCCACUUCAUCGCUCGCCAUUGCCAAAAUGAUUACUUCGGAAGCGAUUAAUCGAUUCAAGCUUUGAUUUUUGUAUAAUAUCCCCAGUUCACCUAGUUUUGCCAUUUUCACAACUGCCGGUUGCAUAAGUUCACAUGUAAAUACCCCCCCCCCCCCCUUUUUUUUUAGAUUUUAGAUUGUUUUAUUCACACUUUUAUACAGAAAAAAAAAUAGUUUUAAA